UGAACCCCUCCACCGAUGUAGGUAAACGAGACUUACCUCAAAGUAUAAGAUCACGAUUCACUGAGAUAUAUGUACAUCUGCCUGAUCAGGAUAUGGGAGAUUUACUUGCAAUUAUUGAUAAAUAUAUUAGUCGAUUUGCCUUAGGUGAUGAAUGGGUAGGCAAUGAUAUUGCUGAACUUUACUUACAAGCCAAGACACUUUCUGCUACCAAUAAGAUUGUCGAUGGGGCCAAUCAAAGACCUCAUUUCAGUAUUAGAACCUUAACGAGAACUCUUGUCUAUGUCCUGGAUAUUGUUAGUAUCUAUGGCCUUAGACGGUCACUUUAUGAGGGGUUCUGUAUGUCAUUCCUAACGUUAUUGGAUGCUACUUCAGAACAACUCUUACAACCUCUUAUUGCCAAGUAUACGGUGGGAAGACUUAAGAAUGUCAAAUCCGUAAUGCACCAAAUCCCUCCUCAACCAUCGAGAAAUGGACUGCAGUAUGUUCAAUUCAAACAUUAUUGGCUUAAACAGGGUUCUGAUCCAGUAGUUGAUCAACCUCAUUAUAUCAUUACUCCAUUUGUAGAGAAGAAUAUGCUUAAUUUGGUUAGAGCCAUAGCUGGAGAACGAUUUCCUAUUCUUGUGCAAGGUCCUACUUCGGCCGGUAAGACUUCGAUGAUUCAUUACUUGGCCUCUAUCUCGGGUCAUAAGUUUGUUAGAAUCAAUAAUCAUGAACAUACAGAUUUACAAGAAUAUUUAGGUACUUAUGUAUCUGAUUCAUCUGGGAAGUUAACCUUUAAAGAGGGGGUCCUUGUAGAAGCCCUUCGUAAGGGGUAUUGGUUAGUACUUGAUGAAUUAAAUCUUGCUCCUACUGAUGUUUUAGAAGCAUUGAAUCGAUUAUUAGAUGAUAAUCGAGAAUUGUUUAUACCAGAAACUCAAGAAGUAAUUCAUCCUCAUCCCGAUUUUAUGAUCUUUGCAACUCAAAAUCCUCCGGGAUUAUAUGGAGGUAGAAAAGUAUUAUCUCGAGCCUUUAGAAAUCGGUUUUUGGAAUUACAUUUCGAUGAUAUUCCUCAAGAUGAAUUGGAAAUCAUCUUAAAGGAACGGUGUCAAAUUGCUCCAUCUUAUGGUAAGAAGAUUGUCGAAGUGUAUAAACAAUUACUGGUUCAAAGACAACUGAGUCGACUCUUUGAACAGAAGAAUUCCUUUGCAACUCUUCGAGAUUUGUUCCGAUGGGCUCAAAGAGAAGCUGUAGGCUAUGAAGAAUUGGCAGCCAAUGGGUAUAUGUUAUUGGCCGAAAGAGUUCGGAAUCAUGAGGAGAAAGUAGUGGUUAAACAAACCAUUGAACGAGUUAUGAAAGUAGUUCUUGAUAUGGAUGCUUACUAUGAGAAACUUGAAGAUAAAGCGUUAUUUGCAGUAGACUCUUCCAUAGUUUGGACUAAAGCCAUGAGACGGUUGGCUGUGCUUGUGAGUACAUCGCUCAAGUAUAGAGAGCCCCUCUUAUUGGUAGGAGAAACAGGAUGUGGGAAGACUACUGUAUGUCAGAUUCUUGCUCAGUAUAUGAAUAAACAACUUAUUACGGUUAAUGCCCAUCAGAAUACUGAGACUGGAGAUCUUUUAGGAGCUCAAAGACCAGUCAGAAAUCGAGCUGAAGUUAGUGGACAACUCUUACAGAAAUUAGCGGAGUAUUUCCAAUUACUGAGUUUAUCCGAUGUCACAUUAGAUGAACUUUUAACUCGAUUUGAUCAUGAGAAACAUCACGAUGAAGACAUCACUCAGCUUAGAAAUCGGGCCAAUGUCCUCUUUGAAUGGGCCGAUGGACCUCUUAUCCAUGCCAUGAAGGAUGGUCAACUCUUUCUCCUCGAUGAGAUCUCAUUGGCUGAUGACUCUGUGUUGGAACGGUUGAAUUCCGUUCUUGAACCAGAAAGAACCAUCCUUUUGGCAGAGAAAGGUACUGAUAACUCUUUCAUUGCUGCUAAUGAAGGAUUUGAAUUUCUUGCCACUAUGAAUCCAGGAGGUGACUAUGGGAAGAAGGAGUUAUCGCCUGCUUUAAGAAACAGAUUCACAGAAGUAUGGGUUCCCUCUAUGGAAUCAUUUGAUGAUGUAAGAGAGAUAGUUCUGAAUAAACUUGUCAAUAAGGUUUAUGUCGAUGCCAUUGUGCAGUUUUCUCAAUGGUUUGCUACUAAAUUCGGUGGUGGGAAUGCCUCUAGUGGAGUUAUAUCUCUUCGUGAUAUUCUUGCUUGGGUAGAGUUUAUUAAUAGUUGUAGUGAAACUAUUACUGAACCUGUAGCUCUCUUGAAUGGAGCAUGUAUGGUAUUUAUCGACGCUUUGGGUACUAAUGCUACUGCCCAUUGGGCCGAGAAUGAAGUCAAGUUGAUGGAACUUCGGGCUGAAUGUAUACGAGAAUUAUCGACUUGUUAUGGUACUGAUCUCUUACCGUAUUAUAUCAGUUCUGUACCAGUGACUCUUAGUGAUACUCAGUUAACCACGGGGAUGUUCUCUAUCCCAGUCAUUGGUGAUGGAGGUGCUUCUUCAUUCAAUCUUCUGGCCCCUACUACGGCUGCUAAUGCUAUGAGAGUAGUUAGAGCCAUGCAAGUAAUUAAACCUAUUUUACUUGAAGGUAGUCCUGGGGUAGGGAAGACUAGUUUAGUAUCCGCUCUUGCCAAAGCUACUGGACAUGCGUUAGUAAGAAUUAACUUAUCGGAACAAACCGAUCUUGUAGAUUUAUUUGGAUCGGAUGCUCCAGUAGAAGGUGGUACUGCUGGACAAUUUGCUUGGCGUGAUGCUCCUUUCUUAAGAGCCAUGCAAUUGGGUGAAUGGGUCCUUCUUGAUGAAAUGAAUUUGGCAUCUCAAUCCGUUCUUGAAGGGUUGAAUGCAUGUUUAGAUCAUCGUGGAGAAGCAUAUAUUCCUGAAUUGGAUAGAGCGUUUCCUCGUCAUGCUGACUUUAAAGUCUUUGCAGCUCAGAACCCUCAGUAUCAGGGAGGUGGCCGUAAAGGGUUACCCAAAUCAUUUGUUAAUAGAUUCAACGUGGUGUAUGUGGAUACGUUGAAGGAAGAGGACUUGAGACUCAUUGCUCAACAUUUGUAUCCGCAAGUGGAUCCUAUCCAAAUCAAUAAGCUUAUCAGUUAUGUAUCCCAAUUAGAACAACAGGUAGUGGUUCAACGGAAUUGGGGAGCUUCAGGUGGUCCAUGGGAAUUCAAUUUAAGAGAUACUCUUCGAUGGUUGGAGUUGUAUACCAGUAACAGUAUUAAUGAGUCUGUAUCGGUGGCUGAUUUCUUUGCUAUGAUCAUUACCAGUCGAUUCAGAAGUCACGACGAUAAGCAGAAAGCUACUGAGUUGUUUGUUGAUGUGUUUGGUCAAUUACAGACUCAUGAUAACUACUGGAAUAUGAGUAGUAACUAUGUCCAGAGUAGAGGAGCAUAUAUGUUAAGAAAUACUAAUGAAGUGUUUAAUGAUAGUCUGAAUCAAAUGGCAUUACAAUGUAACUAUUCUGCCAUUGAGACAGCCAUCCGAUGUGUUAACCUCAACCUUCCACUAAUCCUUACUGGACCUACAGAAGCAGGAAAGACAGAACUUGUCCGAUUCCUUGCCCAUACUGCAGGGGCCAAAUUAGAAGAGUUUGCUAUGAAUAGUGAAGUGGACUCAAUGGAUAUUCUUGGAGGAUAUGAGCAGGUUGAUCUUACCCGAGAAGUCAUGAAGGUAGUAGACAUUACUCAAGGGGUAGUUGUCCAUAUCCUUAGUCAAGUACUUGUUGAAUCCCUCGAGUUGACUGCCGUAUGUUUACAACUACUUGAACAUAUCACCCAGGGUAUCACUAUAUCCAACUACCACACUUUCCAUACCUCCUUACACCAUUUGGUUCACAACUGUGACAAUGACAAUGUCAAUGUCCAAUUGACUCAGGUGUAUAGCCAAUCAGAAGCACUUUUAAAGAAACUCAGAGCCAAGCAGUCCAUUAAGUUUGAAUGGUUUGAUGGACUCUUAAUCCGAGCCGUCGAGUCAGGAUCCUGGCUUGUGCUUGAUAAUGCCAACCUCUGUAAUCCAUCGGUGCUUGAUCGGUUGAACUCUUUGUUGGAGACCAAUGGUUCAUUGAUUGUUAAUGAAUGCAGUAAUCCAGAUGGGACUCCUCGAGUCAUUGUACCUCAUCCCCAAUUCCGACUCUUCCUUACUGUCAAUCCUAAGUACGGAGAGUUAUCUCGAGCCAUGAGAAAUAGAGGGGUCGAAGUAUUCUUAGAGGCUAUGCCUGAACGGACACUGGAGUUUGACAAUGAUGUGCUUAGCCAUAAGACUGCUCUGUCGUAUCUCCCAGUCACUGAAUCCCGCACUCGUCUGUGGGUCACAGUUGAUGAUGUUCUUAGCAGAAGUAGUGUUACUGCUAGUUCUUUGGACAUGUUCAGUGCUGUUCUGAGUGUACUUACCCUCACUGAUUGUCAGCAUAUCGAUGCCUGGAAGAGUACAGUUCUCAACAGCUCAGAGUUUCUGCAACUGUACAAGAACACUGCCGUGGACUUGUGCAAUUUGGUGCAGUUUAUGGCCACUCGAAACGUUUUGAAUGUUAUUGGUAACGUCUACUCUACUUCAUUAUCUGCCAAUAGUGUAGUGGCCAAUAAUUUGGCUGCUUAUACCACCACUCAGUCUAUCCAUUUACUUGUCAAUGAGUACUUGAACACAGCGGUGCUGACAGUGGCUCCAGAGUCUACUAUGGCUGAGUCUACCGACUUGUUUCUGGUGAUUAUCAAUAUGAUUCAUAGUCAACAAUUAGUAGACAUCACCCAGGCUAAGGCUAUGGAAGCCAAGAUUAGUGACUUGUCAUAUGUAGAGAAGUCAGCAGCUCAUCUUUUGGGAAGAAACAUUAAGGUACCUCCUCGUUUAGCUGUUUUCAAAUUCUUGAAGGAAUUGGUUCUGUUCAUUGAUACCGUGUUUAAUGAUAGUUUACACAGUAUAUUCACUGAUAAGUCAGUGUAUAAGGCACUUGUCCACUUACAACUCAUGUGGCAGGGUUUAUGGACCAGCAGUCAUACCCAGAACGAAUCUCAAGUUCGUAUCUAUCAGGAUAUGGUAGUAGAAUGGAGUAAUAGUUGUCAAAGUAUUGAAGUUAUAAGUCGUCAUUUACCUCAACUUAAUCUGAUUGUAGCCGAGUUUGGACAACGUCUUCAACUCACUACUGGUCAGUCAAUGGAUACUCUUUGGUCUGCCUUUAGAAAUAACUAUCCUCAUACUCAUCAGGGUUGGACAGAUGCCUUGAUGUUAUUUGAACUUUGUCAUCAAUUUGAUGAAGUAGCCAAGGCUCAAUUUGUUGAGUCUAGAAGUACCAUUGAUGAGUUCAGAGCCAUGAUAGUCGAUGUGUAUCAGUCCAUAGUUCAAGGAACAAUUGGAUCACCUGAAUUUGCCGCUUUAUAUGAUACUUUAACUAAGGGUAUAGCCAACUUGAAGGCUGUAUCCGAUACAUUUAUCAUUACCAGACAUAAUCACUUUGAGUAUGAAUUCUCUCUCAUCUGCUGCUAUCUCAGAUCGGCCAUGACCUUUGGAGGUGAUAAUGAAAAGCUUAUUCAAUUGAGCUUUAUGGCUUCUACUCCUACGCGAGAAUUGCUUGGUCUACUGACUUCUGAUCAAUUUAGACCAUAUCCUGCUGUACUCAGUCAUUCCUGGAUUCAACAGGAUUCAUUCACUGGUCCUUACUUUACCAAUGGACUCGCCCAAUCUUUAUUGAACAAGGUUGCUAAGCUUGGAGGUCAGCCUGGAAAGUACUUACCACAAGUGCUUGUGGAUAUGAAGACACUCAUGGGAGAACUUGGAGGUAAUUCUCAGUCGAUUCUUACGAACCAGACUCAACUCUUUGCUCAUAUUCUUGUGGUAUGGAUCACUAAGUUUGCCGAAGCUCAUGGGGAUUCAUACGCCCCUCAUGAUUUGCAAUAUAUCUCUAGUUAUGAAUAUACUGGUGAGUCUAUUGCCACUUUGAUUGAAGUAUUACUUAAGUCCACCAAUUCCUUCUUUUACCUGGUGAUUGAGAAGUACUUGGGACCCUCCUUAUACCUUGUGAGUGGCUCUGGUUCAAAUACUUCCCGCUUGGGGAAGGCCUGGGUGUUGUUUGCCUGUGGAGCUCUUCAUUUGUUUGUCCCUAGCUCUUCUACUGAUCCUGCUAUCAGGGAGUAUGUCCACUUCCAACAGUUUGAGGAUCAGAAACAGCAUCUCACCAACGUGAUAGAUGCCUGGAGAGUGGUUAGGACUGUUCGCAAUGGUGAUGAAGUCACUAAAGUUGAAGAUAGUCUUGCCAAAGUAGAGGACUUGGAAGUGCCAUUAAAACCCAAAGUGUUUAGAAAGAAUGAGUCUAUUGAUCAACUUUUUGAAGAAUGGAAUGCAUUUAUGGAAUCCUCAGGUGAUGAACAGGCCAUUGCUGACCUUUUAGAACAGACUGACCAGUUGUCAGACUCUGAUUUGGCUUCUCAAAUGUGUCUGUUGUUACAGAGAAAUUCAUCUCAGUUUAUUGUCCGUUUACAGACAAACUAUCCCUUAUAUGCCGAUAUAAAUGAUAUUGUGACUGGGUACGUAUAUGCCCUCAAGCUUGGAUUCCAAUUGAUUCAAAUAGCUAAAAGUGUAGAGGUAUCUAGACACUCAUUUGAUGGAGUUUCUGCUGUAGAUGCCUCAGUAUUCUUGUCGCCUUCUCACUUAUCCAGCUUGUUCUAUAAGGGUCAACAGCUCAGUAAGGAAUUAGGUAUUGAUUCCCAUGCUCCUGAACAGCUCAUGCUCUAUUUUAUGAAGCUUUCGUUUGUUCAUGAUGAUCACCAGGUGCUUGCCGAAUCGCUUCGAUCAUUAUACUACCGUUGGUCCUUGAGAAGAAUGAAAGAAGAAGAGCUUAAUCAACAGAAGGGUAGUUUGUAUAAGCAUACCCAGGUCGAUGAAGAUGCUGAAGAAGACUUUAAGAAAUUAUUCCCUGAUUAUGAACAAGUUCUUGAUGUGGAUGCUACUGCCAGUUCCAAUGGCGGUGCUGCUACUAAUGCCUCUAGAGAUGAUACUUAUUAUAUGAUUGCCAAGACUUAUAUGGAAUAUUUCUUACAUCAAGCAGUACCAGACAUAGCUGAUCUUAUUAGAGAAGGUACCAAAUUGGUAAGUGUCAGCGAAUCUCGAAGCCAAAUGAGUGCCUCUGUAUUAUCUUCAGUCAUAGCCGAGAUGUUUGAUUCCUAUACCAACUAUCAUACUCCUCAGACAGAUUUCAACUUCUACCGAGAUGGAUCUACCACUGAGUUCAAGCGGGCCACUGAAUUAGUCAGUAAUUUGUUGGGGUACGUAUUGAAACUCUUGGCAGAAUGGCCCGAACAUGCCACUCUCCAGAACUUGGCUCAAGUAGCUCAGGAGUUCCUCUUAUUCCCUCCCAACUAUUCCAUGACUCGAGUGUUACAGAAGAUCGAGCAGUUGUAUACAUACAUAGCCGAAUGGCAAAAGUAUGCCUCCAGCCAAGUGUCUCUCAAGACUCAUUUCGAUGAGUUGACUCACUUGAUAGUCAGUUGGAGAAAGCUUGAGUUAUCGACAUGGAAACAACUCUUUGACUAUGAAGAAGAAGAACUUAAGAAACAUAUUGGGAAAUGGUGGUUCCACUUGUUUGAAGCCAUCAUCAUCCCCACUUUGUCGGGUGAAGAAGUUCAAACUAGUUCACUCUUGAGUACUCUCAACAUCUUUAUGAGUAAAGCUACAUAUGGAGAGUAUGAGUCUCAGCUUGAAUUAUUGAAAGCUUUCAAUAGUCACAUACAUGUUAUAGCCCCUCAUGGACCAGUCGAUACUUCUCUUGCCAACUUUAUCAGUUUCUAUAAUCAAUUUACUCCAGCUAUUAAAGAAUCCUUAGCAGCCAGUAAACUUAAAUUAGGCAAAGAUAUUACUGAAGUUAUACUUCUUGCCAGUUGGAAAGAUGUCAAUAUCGAUGCUCUUAAGCAGAGUGCUCGUCGGUCUCAUAAUAGUUUGUAUAAGAUUGUUAGAAAGUACCGUUCUGUACUUUCUCAGCCAGUAAAUGAUAUGGUGGAAACAGGACUUUCUGGUAAGGUUGAAGAACCAAACUUAGUCGUAAUCCCUCACAUUGUUAGCAGUGUUCGUAGUGAUGAGUAUCAGGCGGUAUGCUUACAAGUGGCAUCUUUUGCCAAUAGACCUAAGAGACUCCAGAACUUAUCGAUGGUUGAUAAGAACAUGACAGUUUAUGUCAAGCAAAUCAAUGAGGAUACUGUACCAUCAUUGCUUGAGUAUGCCAAUGAGAUUGUGGAUCAAAUGAAUGAACUUAAACGUGAAACUCCUGCCACUGCUACUGAAAAGAAUAAGAAGUUGGUGGCUAAUCUCAAGACCCAAAAGAGGAAGUUACUCAGUGACACUUUGAAGGAAUUGAGACGGAUUGGAGUCAGUACCUCCAUGAAGAAAGAGACCCUUGGCUUCCAGCUGAGUGUGGUAACCAUCAUGAGCAACACCUCAGUGUUUGAUGACAGUUUGAAUGGCUCAGACGUGUACUACUGGCGUAUUCUUGAUAUGCUUCCUCGACUUCGUGCUGCUGUGGGUAGUGUAUCUGAAGAUGUGCCACCGGCGGAUGCAGAGAGAGGACUUGCAGCUGCUGAGAAUCUCUUGCAUACUCUUAUAGUGCAAAGAGAUCCUCUCAGUAGUCUUGCAAGAAACGUAACUGAGUUACGCAAAGUGUAUACUCAUCUCCAGCAUGUGACUACUACCACUACCCAAUCACUUAUCAAGACAUCUCAGAUAGAGUCUAUCCAGCUCACUGUCAAACAGAUCAAGUCCUUUAUUAACUAUGUACCUAAACUCAUUGAUUUCUGUAUUCAUGUGGGUCAGGCUGUAGCCAGUAGUGGCCAUAGUGUUACACUUGCAGUGUUUGAUACUUUUAAGAGUCGAUUUGUCAGUUUCCAAUCUCAAAUUGGUGGUAUCACUGGACCGGUGUAUACUGAGCAUGAACAAGAAGUUAUUGAACGGUUCGGUACGGUCUAUACUGAGUUUAUGGAUGCUUUACUGAUGUGGAAAUCUCAGUAUCCUACAACAGCCUUUAUAGCUGACAGUAUCAUUGGGUGGUGCCACAACAUCAAGCUCAACACCUCCAUCACAUCCUCUACUUCGUUGACAUCCCUCUCGACUGUCACACAAGUAGAGCAAUCCCUUCGGGACUUAUCCAACUCCAUCUUAGUAGCUGUUCAACAGGCCACUGCCGUUAAUGACGGUACUAUUUCGGAAGAUGACGACAAGUGGUUGGCUACGUCUCAACAGAGACUUAUCAAAUAUGUUAAGGCCCUUCAUACGCAACGUAUUAUUAGUCGACUUGAAUCAGUUAUGAAUGAUUUAUGUCAUAUCGAGCACGGUAGUGAAUCCUCAGUGCAACUGGUGGCACUCAUCGCCGUGACGUUACCAAUAGUCGAAAACUAUUUACAAUUAUGUCAAGUUGUACUUGGUAAAAGUCGACAAAAUUACUGGGACAUGUCGAAGUCUACUUAUGUUCUUAGUAGUGCAUUACUUGUCUUAGCCACUAAAGGAUUCUGUGCUCCAGAGCCUCCUAAUGAACAGAAACAAGAUGAGAAUUUACAUGAUGGAACUGGAUUAGGAGAUGGAGAAGGAGCCACCAAUGCUUCAAAUGAUAUUGAACAGGAUGAUGACUUGACGGAGGAUGCUCAGAAACCCAAUGAGGAUCAAAAGGAGAAGGAUGAAGGAGAAGAAGACGACAAUGAAGCCGUUGAUAUGGAAGGAGAUAUGGCUGGAGAGUUGGAAGAAGCCAGUGAUCAAGAAAAGGAAGAUGGAGAUGAAGGAGACGAUGAAGAAGAGUUGGAUGAAGAAGUAGAUGAUAUCGAUGAUCUUGAUCCGAAUGCGGUUGAUGAGAAGAUGUGGGAUGAAGAAGCCAAAGAGGACUCGAAGGAGAAGGAGUCUGAUGAUGUGGAUAAUGCUCAAAAUGAUGAUGAAAUGGAAGCCAAUGAGAAUGAGGAUGAUGCGAAGAGUGAUCAGAAGCCGAAGGAGGGAGGCGAUGAUGCGGAUGAAAAGAAUGAAGAAGGAGAAGAAGAAGAAAAAGAGGGAGAAGGAGACGAAGAAGAGGAAGAAGACGUGGGCGAAAUGGAGGACGAAGUGAACCACGACGAAGGAGAAAAGUUGGAUGAUCAUGUGCCAGAGACUGAAGUAUUGGAUCUUCCAGAUGAUAUGAAUUUGGAUGAUGGAGACGAGCCAGAACAGGAAGACAGCGAAGAGCCCGAGAAGUUUGACGACAUGGACGUUGACGAGAAUGAAGAAGAGAAGGAGAAGGAAAGAGAAGAAGACCAUGAGGCUGAAGGAGAAGAAGAAGCUGCUGAAGACGCUGAAGAUGCUGAAGGUGAACAAGAAGCUACUGAAGAUGCACAGGUCAAUGAAGAUGCCAACGAAGACCAGGAAGAAGGAGAAGGAGAAGACCAAGAGCCACAACCAGAAGAAGAAGAAGAAGCGUCUGUGGUCAAAGACGAAGACAAAGAAGGAGGCAAUGAUGGCCAAAUUGAUCAAGAGACAGCCGAAGGAGCAGAUGGAAAUGAUGACGACAAUAAUGAUGUCGACAUGGAGUCUGCUGUCAAGCAGGAGUUUGGAGAUAAAGGUGAAGGAGCCGAUAACCAAGUGACUGAUGAGAACAAUGACAUUGGAGCCAGUGGGUCUGCAUCUAUGGAUGCUCAACAACAAGAUAUGAAAGAAGAAGCCAGUCCUGACGAUGCUCGAGAAUCUGCCAAGGAAUCUCUUAAACAAUUAGGAGAUGCACUUAAGGAAUUCCAUCGUAGAAGACAAGAAAUCAAGGAAGUAUAUGAAGAAGAAGAGACUGCCAAGACAGAAGAAACCGUGGCUGAAAGACCCGAUGAAUUCCAACAUGUGGAAGGAGAGAAUGCUGACUAUGAUACUCAGGCACUUGGAGCUGCUGAUACUGAUCAGAUCCAAAAGAUUGAUGAGGAUAUGGCCAUUGAUGAUGAAGAAGUUGACCAGAAUCAAGAGCCAGUUACUGAAGAAGCCCAAGACGCUGGUGAAGAUAUGGAAAUAGAUGAAGCUGAAGCUGAAGAAGAAGAAGAAGAAGCCGAAGCUGAUGCAGAUGCAGAGAAUGCGUCUGGUGAUACUUCGGGACAAACCAAAGGAGCUUUGAUUGGUGAAAGAAGAGAUGUGAAGGAUGACAUCAGUACACUUGUGGAUGACGAGAUGGAUGAUAUCAUUGAAGAAGAAGCUGCCAAAUUCCGAGAUAUCACCAUCGAUUCAAGUGAUACACCACCAGUAGACAUUGAACAAGCUCGUGAGCUUUGGAAGCAGAGUGAACGGGCCACAUUAGAGCUUUCUUCAGGACUCUGUGAACAACUUCGACUCAUUCUUGAACCGACUUUAGCCACCAAAUUACGAGGUGACUAUAAGACCGGGAAGAGACUUAAUAUGAAGAGAAUUAUUCCAUAUAUUGCGUCUGACUUUAGAAAGGAUAAGAUUUGGUUGAGAAGAACCAAACCAUCCAAGAGAGAAUAUCAAAUCAUGAUUGCUGUAGAUGAUUCUAAAUCUAUGAGUGAAAGUAAAUCUACUUCGUUAGCAUUCCAUAGUAUAGCUUUAGUAUCUAAAGCUCUUACUCAAUUAGAGAGUGGAGGAUUAUCAGUAGUAAGAUUUGGAGAGGAUGUUAAAGUAGUUCAUCCAUUUGAUAAACCGUUUAGUCAAGACACUGGACCUCGGGUAUUCCAAUGGUUUGAUUUCCAACAAUCAAGAACAGAUAUUAAACAACUCUGUAAGAGUUCACUUGAUAUCUUUGAAGCCAGUCGAGCCUCUAUUACGGCCGACUUGUGGCAAUUACAGAUUAUUCUUUCCGAUGGAGUAUGUGAAGAUCAUGAAACAGUUCAACGACUUGUUCGUAAAGCUCGAGAAGAAAAGAUUAUGAUGGUGUUUGUAGUUAUGGAUGGAAUUAAUAGUAAUGAGUCCAUCUUAGAUAUGAGUCAAGUAAGAUAUGUCAGUGAUGAAGCCGGAGGAAUGAGUCUUAAGGUGGAUAAGUAUUUGGAUAGUUUCCCAUUUGAGUACUAUGUGAUUGUCAGAGAUAUAGCUGAGCUUCCCGAGAUGUUGGCCUUGAUUCUUCGCCAGUACUUUUCUGAGUUGGCACGUUAGGGGUGUGUAUAGUAAGUGUAUAUAGAAUUAGAUUAAAAGUAAUUAUCAACUAUUAGAUAAAAGUAUAUUAAGU